CAACCACUGCCGCACCUUGCACGAGAGCUUGAGCCAGAAGGUGCACCUCCUCGUCGUCGUCGUCGUCGUACAAAGAAACACCCACGGCAGAGGCCGAAGCAAACGAGGGAACAAGAAGACACCGGGUGGGAGCGGACGCACCAGGAACCAAGAGCCAGCAACCAUGCAGGCCGUUGUCGUCGCAGACUCAUAUAACAGACGGUUCGACCCACUGACACAGAAGACGCCACGCACGCUCCUGCCUUUGUGCAACGUGCCGCUCAUCGACUAUGUGCUGAAGUUUCUCGACUCAAACGGCGUCACAGAGACCUUCGUGGUGACCCGUACAAACGCCGACAAAAUCCACCAACACUUGGAGAGCGUGAGCUCGCAGUUCAAGUCCAUGAAGCUCACGUGCGUCGUCAGCCAAGGCAGCCACAACUUUGGUGACGCCCUCCGCGACUUGGAGACGCGCAAGCAGAUCGACUCACACUUCAUCCUGGUGACGGGCGACAUCGUGUCCAACUAUGACCUGCGUCCUGUCAUCGAGGAGCACAUUGCGCGUGCGGACAAGGACAAAGACUGCCUGAUGACAAUGCUCAUGACGCAGUGCGAUCACGAGCAUCCAGUGCGCAGCAUCGAGGAGGACACGUUUGUUGUGGUGGACUCUGAGGACAACAGGCUGCUGUACCUGGAUAGCCCCGAAGACGGCCACAUCCGCGUUCCCUUGGAUCGUGUGAUGGAGCGAAAGCAGGUGCAGCUGCGGUACGACUUGGUACAGAGCCACAUCUUCAUCUGCACUCCGCUGAUGCUGAUGCAGUUCCAUGACAACUUUGACUACGCGAGCGUGUUUGAUCUGAUCCGCGGCGUCAUCGACAACGAAGACAUUGUUGGGUACAAGAUCCACACGGCUGUGUCGCCCAAGUUCUAUGCGACGCGGUGCGCAAACCUGACGUCGUACGAUGCGAUGACGCAAGAUCUGAUGAACCGGUGGACGUAUCCGCUUGUGCCCGAUAUGUUUGCGCCGAGCCACGAUGAGCUGUACCAGUACAAGCGCAGCAACAUCUAUCUCCAGCCAGGCUGCAUCCUUGGCAGACGGUGCAAGCUGCUUGGGUCGGUUGUGCUUGGGCCGGGGUGUGUUGUUGGCGAAGGGGAUGGGGCAGAGACGACGCUUCGCGGCACAGUGCUUGGCAGGAACUGCACCGUCGGGUGCGGUGUGCGCCUGCGCAAUGCAUAUGUGCUGGAUGGGAGCACCAUUGGCAACAACUGCAGCGUGGACCACGCGCUGAUUGGACGCAACGUGAAGAUCUAUGACGGCGUGGUGAUUCCACACGGCUGUGUCAUCGACGACGGCGUUGAGCUUGGGCCGGACGUCUGCCUGGAGAAGCACAUGCGCGUGUCCCUCGAACCCCAGGAGGCGAGUGGUGACACCAUGGCGGGCUUUGUUGCGUACAACGAGGAGCACAUUGCGCGCCGCCGCCGCCAGCUCAGCGUGCUCUCGGAACGCGACGAGGAAGGCGAGGACGGCCAGCACGAUGCAGCGCACUCGUCUGCAGAGGAGUCUGCUGAUGAUGCCAGCGAGGGUGCUGCAGAGGGCCACGAGCCCGCACCCCGCCCCCUCAACGCCGCAGGAUUUGACCUGGCGGUGGUUGGCGCACGCGGCCGCGGAUACGCGUUUGUGCCCGAGCUCGACUUUGGCGAGGCCGAGGAGAACACGCUCUGGAAAGAGGGCUCGCUUGAGGCUGCGCCCAUCUUGUACAUCCCGCGGACCAUGUCGCGCUCCUCGGAGAUUGAGGAAAUGCCAAAGGAGGAGGAUGAGGACCUGGACAGCCUCCUUGGCGAGGACGAGGAUGCCGAGCCCUUGAUUGACGUCGACGCAGAGUUUGAAGAGUUCUACUCUGAUGUGCUUGAGCUGAUCCAGCAGCGUGUCAAGCCGGACAACGUGAAGGGUGCGCCGUUUUCGGCCAUCCAAGUCGAGAUUACGGGCUCCCGCGCAGCACACAACAUGGAUCACAGCGACGUGUGCUGUGCCAUUGUGCGCGCCAUCAUCACGAGUGCGGACCGUGUUCCGCGUGCGAAGUGUGAGCGGUAUCUUGCGCAGCUGACUGCUGCCAUGUCGCCAUUCCUGCAAAACUACGUGGAGACGGACAUGGACCAGCACGUGUGCAUUGAGAACGUCUGGGAGUUUUGCAUGGAGAACGAGCACUCUCGCCACUGCUUCAAGACAUUGCUGUUUACCCUCUACGACAGAGAAGUGCUUGACGAGGACGCCAUCUUGCAGUGGUUUGAGGGCUUCAAUCCUGGCGAGGGCGCGUCUCCUGCCGAGAAGAGCCUUUAUGACCAGGCCAAGCAGUUUGUCACCUGGCUGGAAGAGGCCGAGGAGGAGAGCGACUGAGACUGCGGUGUGCGCUUGUGCAGCACAGCAAGAAGAGGGCGGGAGAGCAUGUGUGUGUGGUGUGUGUGAUGGGCGGGAGAGCAUGUGUGUGUGGUGUGUGUGAUGUGUAUGUGUGUGUGCGUGUGUGUGGUGCGUGUGUGUAUGUGUGUGUGAUGUGAGUGUGUGAUGUGAGUGUGAUGGCCUUGCUUUGUCUCUGGCUUGCGUAUGAGUCAUUGUUGCUCCUUGCUUGCUUGCUUCGUGAGUCAUCAUGUGGUGCUUGUGUGGAAAUCAUGCAAUAAAAUUCGACGAAA